AUGUGUAGGAGGGCACAUGGAGGAGGCAAUGAUCUAUCUAUCUGUAAAAGAGACAUAAAACAAUUUGAGAAUUUACUUGUUUCAAUGGCGUCCAGAGAAGUAGCAACGAUGAUCAAACAAGGGUUUAUCGCAGAUCCUUCUCUCUCUUUCUCACCGUCAAGAAUCACAUCGCCGACCAAACACUCAUCCGCCUCUUCUCCUCCCCUACCGUCCCCACCGCCUCCUCCGCCGCCGCCGCCAAACGAAACGAGUCACUCGAACCCGACUCUUUACCACAUGAUGUCAGAAGAGCACAACCGCGAGCCACGGAGGAAAUCCCACGCGCGCGUGGCUCAGAUCCUGACGGAGUUCAAGAACGGCGUCGUUUACGGCCACAGCCUCGGUCCCAGCGACGUUAAGCUGAGUGUGGUGGGAAAAGACGGUUACAGAGUCACCAUGGAUGUUCACAGGAAGGUUUUAUCGGAGAAGAGCAGGUUUUUCAUGGUGAAGAUGAAUUCCAGAAGAGAGAAAGGAGUUUCUCACAUAGUUUCUGCAGCUAUAUCGUUUGAUGAAGGAGUAAUGUCAUGUUUGGAGCAUUUGGAAGCUGUUCCUUGGUCAGAAGAUGAAGAAGAGAUUGUUGUAUCUUGUCUUGAAGAGCUUCAUCUUCCUGAUGAUUCAGUCACUUUGAUUCUCCAGAGACUUUCGUCUGAACCUUCGACUUCCUCGACGAGAAACAGAACCGAUGAUAUCUUCUUGAAGCUACUCACUGGUGUUCUACAAGCCAAAGACGAUAAAGCACGGCGAGAGAUGAAAGUUUUGAUCUUUAAGUUGCUCAGGGAAGAAGCUGAUCAUGAAGUCUCUAAAGAGACGCUCUACGGUUUGUGCCAUCGAUGCCUCACCUCUCUUGUCCUCUGCUUGUCCGAAGUGACCACACAGAUGAAUGAUCCCGGGAAAGACCGUGGUGCUCUGAUGGGAGAGAUCGCCAGAGAAGCUGAUAACAUGCUUUGGAUGGUAGAUAUACUGAUCGAGAAGAAAAUGUGCGACGAGUUUGUGAAGCUAUGGGCGGAUCAAAAGGAGCUAGCGAAUCUCCACUCCAAGAUACCGACCAUGUACAGACACGAGAUAAGCAAGAUCACAGCGCAGAUAUGUGUUGGUAUUGGUAGGGGAAGGAUCUUGGUGAACCGGGAGACUAGGUUUGCGGUUUUGAACACGUGGUUAGAGGCUUUGUAUGAUGAUUUCGGGUGGAUGAGACGGUUAUCCUCGAGGUCUCUGGAUAGGAAACUGGUGGAGGAUGGACUCAGCCAGACCAUACUGACCUUGUCGUUGAGGCAACAACAGGUGAUUCUGAUGAAAUGGUUUGAUCGGUUUCUGAGCAAAGGCGAUGAUUGUCCAAAUGUCCAACGAGCUUUUGAGGUGUGGUGGAGAAGAGCUUUCAUAAGACAGGUCUUGACAGAGCCAGAUGCGUCACAGCUGCAGAUUACACUCUAUGACUAA